UUUCGUAAGGGUUCAGAUACUACUGGAUUGUUUGAUGGACAAAGACAAAUAGUUGUGUUUCAGGAACUCUGUGUUGCAGGACUCGCCAUCACAAAAGUAGCCCUUCUGUAUGCAACCAUUUUUGGUAAUGUGACAACCAUAUUUCAGCAAAUGUACGCUAAUACAAACAGAUAUCACGAAAUGCUGAACAGUGUCCGGGACUUUCUAAAGCUCUACCAGGUCCCUAAAGGACUGAGUGAACGUGUGAUGGAUUACAUUGUUUCCACCUGGUCCAUGUCCAGAGGCAUAGAUACUGAAAAGGUUUUGCAGAUAUGCCCUAAGGACAUGAGAGCAGAUAUCUGCGUGCAUCUGAACCGCAAAGUUUUCAAGGAGCACCCAGCCUUCAGGCUGGCGAGCGAUGGGUGCCUUCGAGCGCUUGCCAUGGAAUUUCAGACAGUGCACUGUGCCCCAGGAGACCUGAUCUACCAUGCCGGCGAGAGCGUUGACAGCCUUUGCUUUGUGGUUUCAGGGUCUUUGGAAGUAAUCCAGGAUGAUGAAGUUGUUGCUAUAUUGGGCAAAGGAGAUGUUUUUGGUGAUGUCUUCUGGAAGGAGUCUACCCUUGCCCAGUCCUGUGCUAAUGUAAGGGCUUUGACUUACUGUGAUCUUCAUGUGAUAAAGAGAGAUGCCUUGCAGAAAGUGCUGGAGUUCUACACAGCCUUUUCACACUCCUUCUCCAGAAAUCUCAUUUUGACCUACAACUUGAGAAAAAGG